AUGACCAUAGGGUCUGCGUGCCUCAAGACCACCAGUCCCGCUCCGGAGGAGACGUUGCGGGAGGUGCCGCACACGUCCCCCUUACACCCCGAGGAGUGCGACGCGGACCGAAAGGCUGCCGCCGCGGGCCCCCCGCCGCGCUGGUCCCUGGCGUUCCGCGGUCGCGUGAGACCGCGCCUGUGGCUGUGCCCGGUGACGCUGUACACCGCGUACCUGUGCUGCGCCGUGCACCUGUCGUGGCACGCGUCGGACGACUGGUGCUCGGAGCCCCGGUUCCAGGCGCUGGUGGCGCUCACCCUGUGCUCGGCCUGGGCGCUGCUGCAGGUGGCGCGGCUCGCAGGCCGUGUUUACCGCAAGCGCGGUGCCAGGAUCGACCAUGCGCUGGACCGGGCCGCCGAACAAGGGUGUGCCGCGGUCUCCUGGUGCGUGCUGUACGCCCUGCUCGCUGGCUGCAUCAUGGUGGACAGCCUUCCGGACAUGCAUCGCAUCUGGUCCGCCAUGGGCGUCGGUGCCAUAGUGGGCAUCUGCUACAUCUUUUCGUGCGAGAGGCGCAAGUUCGCGCUGGGCGCCAUCAUGAUCCGCUCGUCGGUGGGACGCGGCGUGGUGACGUGCCUGGGCACAAAGUUGAAGGCGGUGAUCAACUACUCGCGGGUGGGCGCCCAGUUCGCGUUCGGCCACGCGGCCACGGGCGUCAUCGGUGAAUCGAUGCCGCGACAACCGCACGUCUUCGCCUUCCACAUCAUGACCAUGACCGUGUUCUUCUCCUUCCUGAUGUCCCUGGUCGCCUACUACGGCUGUCUGCGCAAAGCCAUUCUGUCCGUUGCCGCCUCGCUGCGCUGGAGCACUGGCGUGUCGCCAUGCGACGCCCUCUGCGUCGCCACAAACAUCGUCGCCGCACAGCACGGUGUUUGCUCGGCGCAGAACGACCUGCCGUGGAUCCUGCGCGGGUACGUGGGCGACAUGACGCUGUCCCAGCUGCACACGGCCAUGGCGUCGGGCUUCGGCAGCCUAUCUGCAGCCACGUUCGCGGCCCUCAUCAGUUACGAGGUGCGCACUGAGACAUUGUCGAAUAGCGGCUGUUCCGUGGACGUGGCGUCCCUCAUCAGCGCGUGCGUUAUGUCGGCGCCCGCAGUGCUGGUCACCUCCAAGAUGCUUCUACCAGAAAUCGAGCACCCGGACAGCUCCUUCGAGUUCCUCCUCAGAAUGAAAACCCACGCUACCUGCCGUGUAAAUGCAGAAGCCCAGCGCUUCUGCGUCCGCCUUCCACCAUUUAAGACGGCCAGGGACUAUUUUUCGAUUUCAUUGCGUAACCCCAGAAAGAAGGCCUGCUUGUCGUUGUCGCAUGUUCCCAGAACUAGGCUAACACGAGCUCGUCGUGAAUGCCAGCGCAUGCUGUUGGACGCGCGCAGCCGACAGGAGAAGAACUGGCUCGAGGCGUCGCUCUACGCCAUUCGCAACAACGUGCGCGUGCUGGCCCUGAUGUGCGUCAACCUGCUGGGCAUCAUCGCCUUCCUGGACCUGCUCAACUCCGCGCUGGUCCAGGCUACCGAGACGGUAGGAUGGCACGUCGUCGAUGUCCAGUGGUUGGUGGGCCUGAUGCUACAACCAAUGGCACUGAUUCUGGGGGUGCCCUACAGCGAGUACGUGCUGGUGGCAGGGAUCGUCGGCAUCAAGACCUACGUGGACGAAAUGGUCGCCUUCAUGGAACUGAGCAACUACGCCCAGGCGAGGCUCAUAUCGUCUCGUUCGCUGACCAUGGUGACGUUCGCGCUGGCUGGAUUCUCCAACCUGGGCUCCCUGGGCAUCCAGCUGUCCGCCUGGUCCACCUGGGGACAGCGGCGCCUGGAGGACCUGUCGGCGAUCGGGUUGCGAGCGGUGGCCGCCGGUGCGCUCUGCGACGUUAUGACCGCCUGCGUGGCAGGUGCCUUGACCCCAACGAGCAUUCCUUCCGAGACCACCAUGUUCAACACCACGGAGUUCCUGGACAGUUAGCAUAUGACAUGCAUUGCGAACGUGUUCAACAGCACGUCUGCUACAGUAUCACCCAUACGGCUGCUUAUCAGCAGAUCAUUGUUCCUGCCUUUGUUGUUGUUUUUUGCACUUAUACACUCUCAGUAAAGUUUAUCUUCGACGCGA